AUUACGUCUUAAUUUGGUAACAUGACGUCCGCGACCUUAAAUGACGAAUUAUUGACGUCGUAUUAACGUCACCUUGCUACCUGGGAUGGUUCAUUAGGUCAAAAAUGUAUGGGAGCUGUUCUGAGUGGUAAAAAACCAGUCAUAAUAGAUACUGUUUACGGAGCUUAUUUCACCGACUUUGGAACGAUGCUCGGCGAUAAACGCAUCGACAUUCAUAAGAAUGACAGCAUAGUCAUAGAUGGUAAAAUAUAUGUGGGGACGCCUGGUCUGUAUGAAUUAAUUUUCAUGAAAAUGCCCAACAUGUACACGAAUAAUGACCUGCAGAAUUAUAAAAACAUUCUAUUGGCGACAAAUGCAUAUAGACGCGGGCAUAUUGCACAUAAUCAAGUAAUGGGCAACAAAGGGUCUAAAUAUAAAAAUAUAAUUGCGCCCUUAGAAACAGACGCAAAAGUUGGACAAGGUAUGACCGAGCGCUAUUACAUUAACAGUGAUAACAAGAUCGAUUCUGUUCAUUGGGAUGAUCCCAACGAGCUUGUGGAUCGCCUUCGAUUGCUCGAGCCCUCACAUCAGGCAGGGCACAAUGCUCACGACAACGAGAUUCUAUCAAUUAUUGAGGAACUUCGCGAGGCUGGUCUUAUUGUAAAUUAAAACUGCAUGAAAUCAUUUAGUCAACAUCGAAAUGUCAAUCAACAAGUUUGGAACAUCGCUUGGAAGAGGUGGUGCGGAACCAUACUAUCAAUGGAGCGGAUUAGUCAGAAAUUAUGUGCGCGAUAACACUCUUUGCAUAGCUGCCACCGAUUUUGAUGCAAAGUUGCGCAAGAUUCGACGUGUAGCGCUGCCUGUAGACGAUAGUGAUGCUGAAACCACCCAGCGGGGGCACAGAGACCGAGGAGCAGCGGAGCAAGCCAGAGGGUGCAGCCGAGCUGCGAGGAGCAGUGACUUCGACCCCGACGACCACAGGGAACGGAGCACUGUACGAGCAUCCAGCGUGCGUCUAAGAAGGUUGGGCGAAGCAAAGUCCUACACAGAUAACAAAUAGCGCGUUAAAAGUUUCACAUUUUAUUUAAUGAUUAAUAUAUCAUUUUUUAUUUUAUUCAUAAUACAUAGUUUAUUCGUUAAAUUCUUAGUUUAUCAAAACAUUUGCGAGGAACGAAAGGAAUUGCGACAUAUCAAAAAAGGCGUAAUUAAAAUUGCGUUAAUAUUAUUAUUUUUUUAUAUAAACUGGUGAGAAGUUAAGUAUCGCGUAUUAAUUGUUCUGUUACAUCUAGCAAGCGUUAAGCGUAAAGUUUACUGCAUGAUUAUUAUUUCUAAGCGCAAAGUUUUACUGCGUGAUUCUUAUUUCAUUCUUAGGAGACGUAAAGUCCGAAGAGUAUUAUUUUUUCUAAAGGCGUUAAGCAUGCCGAAGCUGUCAAAACAGCUAGUAAUCUAUUAUUUUACGUUAGCCUUUGGUAUAUUAUUUCGUUUAAAUAUCUCAUUCGUUAUAUCAUAUGCAUAUUGUAUGUUUUUCAUUAUCCUAUAAUCUAAAUUAGCAUUAAGUUAGUUUUAAGUCAUUCUGAGCAUCCUGCAACUAAGUCAGCAUAAGGUGUAGGUGGUGGCACUACAUAGUGUAGAUGCCGGAGCAGGCUGCAAGCCUGUAGAAAGUUUAUAAUGUUAGCUUAAAGGUACUUUUAAGUGCCAUAACCGCACUUUUCGGUGCGAAGGUCUAUUCCAUAAACCAAGCGUGUCCGAUUGGCUGGAGCGCCAGUGGAGGGGAGCGCCAGCGACGAUACUACCACAGCGCAGAACAAUUGGCCAAGGCACGAGAGUGGGAGUGACGCAGGAGCCUGCACGCGACGCUACGAGCCGAUUGGGCGAGACCUCCGCAGGGAAGCGCAGCUGAGCGCUGAUUGGCUGUUACAACGUGAGCGCGCACGGCGGCCCGCCGGCGUAUAUAAGGAGGCGCAGCGGCGUCUCGAAAGCUUUUCGAUCCCAGACACCGUAUGGGUAAGAUCUCCGCGACAUAUUGUAUUCGCGAUAACAAAGAGAGAAUCGAUUAAGUUCCGCGGAAGUGCGACCGCGUAACCAAACUGCGUAAAACCGCCGAAUGCGAGUAGGCGCGUUUCGGAAAGUCAUUUUCAGAUAGUCACGACCGUGAUUCAUGGCAAUUGCGUAAACGAAUGUGAACAAGCAUCGCGUUCGGGAACUGUAAAUAGAAUAUUUACGGGAAAGAGCGAGGAGAUGUACACGACUGUGAUUAGGCGACGCGUACGGGAGUUUGUGAAUAUAUAUUUAAGUGUUUGGUUUGAAAUAAAUUUUAUUUUGUGUUUGAAAAACAAUACGAACAGACUGUUGUUGACCUACUUACCAAGUACUUACCUGCAUGUGAUCCGAGACGUCAUAUCCUGGGAUAACCUGUAAAAAAGAAGUUCUGUUAAAAAUCUGGGAGCGAGGGGUAAAUCGUUUUACGAGCAUAUACUUACCUGGUGGAACCUGGCGACCUGGGGAGUCCUGAGUGAUCCAGCGACGGCAGCAGCAGCACCUGAAAAUAAAAGAGAAAUUAAUAAAAAUGAAAAUAAUCCACUCACGUGACAGAGUGAUUAAUAAAUCAAACAUAAGUUACUUAUCUUGGGAGCGGAUACUACGUUCCGACGGCAGCUUGAGGGAAGGCAGACACGUCUCGACGGCGGUGAAUCCUUGCUUCUUGAAAGGUGAAAGGAGCUGGCGACCAGGCAGAGACGCGAAUCAAGGUCUUCCGAAAGGUUUGUGAUUCACUUUCCAAAGCGUAUUUCUUUCCUAUCACGUUAAAAUCAAUCACAAUGCAACCAAUAAACGAUACGUACAGCAGACCGUGAAAAUUUUAAAGGAUCGACAGGAUGAAAUUGAGAGGAAGAUUGAGACACUCCAAAAUAGAGUAGAAAUUACAGCUCAUAUGCUAAACGAGUUUCAAAGACAGCUCGACGCGGUGACCUAUCGUGCAGAGUAAAAAAGUCGAUACAUCGAAUAUAUAUGCCAUUUGUAUAUUACACUCCAAGCAUGUCUGAGAAACAAUUGCUGGUUGAGGAGUUGCAUGCUCCGGCGAGAAGAAAUUUUCCUCGAAGACGUGUCAUAGUUUGCGGAUACGAUGACCUGUGGCAGGCGGAUGUGGUUGAGAUGCGUCCUUACACGCGAUUUAACCGAGGUUAUCACCAAAGAGGAUCAGAUAGAGUGGAAGCUGGCCGUAUCCGCGAUUUGCGCCAUCUAGCAGUUCGGAGACCUACUACGUGCAAUCCUCUCUCUCUCACAAAGCUUUGCUCUCUCACUCUUUCAAGGGCCUCAAGAUAACCACCUUUAACAGUUACGCUUUGUCGUUUGCAGCAAGUUGACUGACAGAAAAUUACAUUGUGAUAAAUAAAAAAAAUGACCCUGCGGUGCUACGUAAAAUAUUGCAAACAAAAUAGUAAACUUAAUAAAGAUGUAUCCUUUUUUCAACAGCCGACAAAUUCUGAACUGCAAAAGAAAUGGCAGGAAUUUGCUGGUGUACAAGGGAAUCCUCCAAAUCACCUCCGUAUUUGUUCGGAUCAUUUUGAAUCAAAUUGUAUUAGGAAAAAAUAUCCAAGGCCGCUGCUUGUUCGUGGAGCGAUGCCUAUCAUUAAACCUCAUCGCAAGUCUCCAUCACCACCAGUUAUCAAAUAUCACAAGGACAAAAUGGAGAUUUAUAGAUCGGCCCUUGAAGGAGAUUGUUUCCAUCCAUCAAAGAGAGUGGUUUUGGAUAUACAAAGAGCAAUUGUAGAACAACCAACAACAAUUAACAUUGAAACCAACGAUAACAUCAAGAUUGUGCUAUCAGGUAAAAAAAAGGUAAAAAGUGAAAAGGAAAGUUGAAUUUUUUAUCAGCUAUCUUAAUUCCGACAAUUGUACAUAGAAUCUUAUCCACUGAUUUCCACAUUCCGAUAAUUGCACAUAUUUUGUAAUACGUCAUAUUGUUGAAAUAAAUAACAAAGUAUAU